GCCCAGGCUGCUGAGCCAACACUGAUGUCAGAAGAGCAGAGCCACAGAGCAAGGCUGCAGCAGGAAGCUUGGCCGGUGUGUGUGCUGCUGCCCAGUGUGUGUGGUUUAGUGCUAAACUACGCCUCAGCUGGCACCAAGGCUCAGCCAAAGACUUUGCCAGCUACACUGCUGUGUGUGCGCGUGCAUAAUCGCACAGCCGUUUACAGAUCUCGUUUUAUGAUGGAGAAAGGAUAGUUCAGUCCCAUUGAUCCAGACAUGGCGUCCUCUGAGAAGAGGCAAUAGUAGGCUAUUAUGAGAUUCUCAUCAGUCUCUUACAUUUUUUACAUUAAAAAAAAAACAUUUUAGUCAUUUAGCAGACGCUCUUAUCCAGAGCGACUUACAGUUAGUGAGUGCAUACAUUUUCAUACUGGUCCCCCCGUGGGAAACCAACCCACAACCCUGGCGUUGGCAAGCGCCAUGCUCUACCAACUGUAAGAUUUUCUUCUAUUUUCCAUUUAUAAGAUUUAAUUUCUGUUUAUUGUAGGAUUUUAGUCAAUGUUUAAAAAUCUCUUUCAAUUGGCUCUUAUCGCCGAUAGUUUGAGACUAAGUCUGCAACAAUCUACCAUAGCCUAUUGCCUUUGUUUCCACAAGGAGACUGGCUAGUACACUGUACUGCACUGUACCACUGUGGCUUGCUUAUCUCCCACAUCACUAUGUAAAUAACCGUGGUCAACAGAGAUUACGUCUGUGUGUGAGCGAACAAUCAAUCCGAUGGCUUUCAGGCGUGUGAAUGACUGAGUCGCUAGAUACAGCCUAUUCCCAGGGCGCUGUAGACAAAAUGACAUGGCUCCGAUCUACAAGUCUGUAAUCUAGCAGAUGACUGUCUUCUCUUUCCCAAGGCUUGUUUUUGUGUGCUGUGGUCGGCUAACGUUGAUAACUGGAUAGAGAAGAUGGAAAAGUGGCAGACAGUCUAAAGGCCGGUUACUCGUUUUGAGAGCGUGGUCAAUGUAUUGACUGAGCCUCACUGAGUCACAUGGUGGUCUUGUCUAGACUGGAUUGGUUUGCCAGAAAGUAGCAGAUACCUAAAAAUAGUUAAUAUCAUAGUAGGCUAUGUGGUGUGAUGCAUCCCUGUUUUCUUUCAGUUGACCCUCUUGUAGCCUAAAUGCAAAAACAUUCUUCAUCCGCAACAUGUUCAAGCAUGCAGGGAUGAUCGACGUCAAUAUUAAGUGAAGAGCUAGGAUGAUCAAUUGCAAUCAUGAUUUGUGUGCAGUGAUGCCUCAGUAUAGGCUAGCUGUUGCAAGGCUUCAAUCUUAAGAACAGACUUCUAUUGACAUCAGAUCAGGACUGUCUGGCCUCUACAUGUCAAAACAAUGUGUCUCUCAGUCUCUAUUGUUCUAAUGAAAAGUCUUUCCAUCCCUCUCUCCCUCUAUCUCCCCCUCCCUCCAUUUCUCCAGUAGAGGUUGUGGUGGAGUAUGAGUAUGAAGCCCUCCAUGAAGAUGAGCUGACCCUGAGGCUGGGAGAAGUGAUCAGGAAUGUCCGCAGGAUUGAGGAGGAGGGAUGGAUGGAGGGUGACCUCAACGGGAAGAGAGGACUCUUCCCUGACAACUUCGUCAAGGUGAGCAGAGCCUCUCCCUAUUUAGACAAUAUUAUGAGAAUUUAGGAGACACUUUGACCCAAAACAACUUCCGGUUGACAGGUACAGUAACGAAAAGGCCCAUAUAGGAAUCAAGCUGACAACUCUGGCAUUGCAACAUGAACCAUGUUCCGGUUCCAACAAACACUCAUGACUGCUGGUUGCAGACUCGGGACUCGUAAACCCUAGUGCACUAUGAAAUCUCGCUUUUCAGUUGAAGACGUGCACACAAUUCUCUUUCUGAUGUACCAUGAAAUGGAGUUGUCAUGGUACUCAUUGCAACUUUUACGUCAAGCUAGUUUUUAACAUCAAUGACCACUUUGGAAACAAGUGUUUUAAUUAAUAGCUUUAACCCUUUACGCUCGUGGGAUUUGGCCUAUAUGGAUAGGGCUAAAUUUAAAUGUUUCUUACAGAAUAAAUAUGGUGAGGACACAACAGUUCACCUGACACUGUUGAUUUUAUGUGCAUUUUACAUUUACUGUACUUUUCGCCGCAUUUGUUGAUAAUGAAAUCUGAAAAUAAUCUGGAUCCAUUCAGUAUCAUGAUGAGAAUAUUUGUGAAAAAUGUGGGGAUAGGUACAACUUAAGACAAAAAAAUGACAAAGGUUUGAGUGGGAGGACUAAUUAGUGUCUCCAUGUGGCUACGCACCUAUCCAAAGUGUGCACAGUUCCUAAGUAAUUUCAAUGCACUUUUAUGACUCAAAGAAGAGUCUUCAACUAUAAGGUGCUGUUUUUUUUUUACUCCUAGCUGUGCUGUUGAGGAAUUCGAGCAAGCUCACUUUUAGUUGUUUUGUUUGGAACACAACCCUGCAUCCCGGCAUCACACAAUUACCGUUUACACAAUCCAAAAAAUUUCAAUUUUAUAAAUCGCUAUCUGGGUCAGGUGGGACAUCAUUUGAAAGCCUGUUCUAUUGCCAACAUGACUAGCUAGGUUAUAAAAUACAACAUUACAGUGUUAGGCUUUAACAAUGCAAUUCAGGGAAACUGAUCAUCAUUUUGGUGCACAUAAAAAGGAGUCAUGAGUGGAUUCAGGUGCGUGACAAACAGGCUCAUUCUGUUCAGAACAACUUGUCAGCUUGUAACUGUACAUCAAACAUAGUGAUCAGAAACAUGUAUGACAUAAGUUUUAUGAUAUGGAAAUGUGAAGUGCACAUUUGGCUUGCUUGUAUGACAUCAAAGCCGUAUUUAUUAUAAUCCUCAAUGCCUCAUCUUUCAAAAUAGAUUGAGUCCUCUUAAAUUUCAGCAUUUCUCUCACUCAGACAAAACAUUUGCAAAAGUUGGCCCAAUUACUGGGAGGAAUUGGGGCAAUUUCUUGUCGCACACGGUGCUCAAGUUCAGAACGGCUGUCAGACAAAACCCAUACAGCGCUGUGAAGCACAGAGACAGAGCUCUGACGUCAUUUAUAGUAUGUUACUGUACAACCACUGUGUUCCAAUUUGGGCGUUUAUCAGUGCCUAAAUCUGCCAUUUUCAACCCAUAUACGGGUACGAGUGUAAAUGGCUACGUAUGUUCUCUGUGCUAUUCUCUGGGAAUAAAUUGUACAUCUUGUAUAUCUUGUUGUAUGUGUUUUUUUUAAACCCAAAUCAAUUCUAUUUGAGUGUUAUGAUGAAGUCCCAGAGAGCGGCUGCUCUUCCCUCUUCCCUCCCUCCUGACUAAUCCAGAGUAGUAAGAUAGGUAAUCCUCUAAGGAGUCUGGAAGCUAUAUUGCUGUACAGAACUUUGCUCCCGGACGCUGUUAGAAAAUGUUUAUUCCUUUAUAAGUGCUUCUGUGUCUGUCUUAAACAAAUAGAGUUCUUCCCAGGAAAUCAUGUCGGAAUCAGAGGAGUCUGUAAGGGAUUCGUCUCGUCGUCUUUACUCAACGUCAACAUGACAGGGUUCUUUGAGGUGUUUCUAACGUGUAUUAUAAUCAACAACUCCGCUCUGUGCCAGCGGAGGUGUUACUGUUUUGGGUGUUGGCAGUGCCGUCACGGGUUUUCACUUUGUUUACAAUUUUGUCACCUCAGAGGCUCAGACCGAAAUCAGUUUGUUUGGCCCUCCAAGGAGAAAAGGGAUGAAACUCCUUUCCUCAAUAUGUGAUUUUUCUCAGUUUGUUGGAAAUGGUGGCCAAUUAUGCAAGAAAAGUUUGGUAUUUUCUGUGUCUGCUACAUUUGCUGUUUGUUCAGCUUCAACACAGUGAGUUGUACAAGUCAGCAGUAAACUCUAUUAGGAUGUGUUAUUGUUCUAAGACUGGCCGUCAGUUUCUCUUGGGUUAGAGCUUGGAGUCAGCCAGAGGAGGAUGUCUCUCCUUCUCUCUUCCCAUUCAGCAGUCUGGCUCCUCCCAAGGUCUCAACUCCUUGCCCCCGGCCGUCUCUCUUGGCAUGCUUUUCCUUUUAUUUUUUUAAUGGAUUGAAUGAAUGUAUUGAAAUAGUUUUAUAAUUCGGGAGUCGCUUGAGUCAGGACACUGGUCAAGUCGGGAAGCUGGUCUCCAGUUGGCACAGGAAUAUAGACUGGCUGACCUGUGUGAGAGAAGCAACUUCCUCUGUUGUGGAAAUGCCCAGUCAGCAUGUGUAAACCAGGAAGUGGAAUGAGUGGGGUCAGUCUCAGGCUAGCCCUCUCACCCCUCCUGGUUUAUCCCUCCACUGUCAGGACAGGGACAGAGCCAGGGAGUGUAGAGGAGUGGACAGGGACAGAGCCAGGGAGUGUAGAGGAGUGGACAGGGGCAGAGCCAGGGAGUGGACAGGGACAGAGCCAGGGAGUGGACAGGGACAGAGCCAGGGAGUGGACAGGGACAGAGCCAGGGAGUGGACAGGGACAGAGCCAGGGAGUGUAGAGGAGUGGACAGGGACAGAGCCAGGGAGUGGACAGGGACAGAGCCAGGGAGUGGACAGGGACAGAGCCAGGGAGUGGACAGAGCCAGGGAGUGGACAGGGACAGAGCCAGGGAGUGGACAGGGACAGAGCCAGGGAGUGUAGAGGAGUGGACGGGGACAGAGCCAGGGAGUGUAGAGGAGUGGACGGGGACAGAGCCAGGGAGUGUAGAGGAGUGGACGGGGACAGAGCCAGGGAGUGUAGAGGAGUGGACAGGGACAGAGCCAGAGAGUGUAGAGGAGUGGACAGGGACAGAGCCAGGGAGUGGACAGGGACAGAGCCAGGGAGUGGACAGGGACAGAGCCAGGGAGUGGACAGGGACAGAGCCAGGGAGUGGACAGGGACAGAGCCAGGGAGUGUAGAGGAGUGGACGGGGACAGAGCCAGGGAGUGUAGAGGAGUGGACGGGGACAGAGCCAGGGAGUGUAGUGUAGAGGAGUGGACAGGGACAGAGCCAGGGAGUGUAGAGGAGUGGACAGGGACAGAGCCAGGGAGUGUAGAGGAGUGGACAGGGACAGAGCCAGGGAGUGUAGAGGAGUGGACAGGGACAGAGCCAGGGAGUGUAGAGGAGUGGACAGGGACAGAGCCAGAGAGUGUAGAGGAGUGGACAGGGACAGAGCCAGGGAGUGUAGAGGAGUGGACGGGGACAGAGCCAGGGAGUGUAGAGGAGUGGACAGGGACAGAGCCAGGGAGUGUAGAGGAGUGGACGGGGACAGAGCCAGCAGCCUAGCCCUGUAAUACUUCACAUACCCCAGUUCUAUGUGAGUGGGACUUUGCUGACGUUUGCUGCUUCCCCUCUAGACACACAGUUAAACUCUUGAUAUGGAUUGACUUUGUAGGGCCCUCCCUGUAAAAUCUGCAUUUCAGAGAAAGUGGAAGUCCAGACAUCAAAACAGAAUUCAACAAUAUAAAAAAAUGUAUUGCACUUAGUAGGGAAUCAACUAAAUGUAUUAAUUUGCCCAAGUUUAUCAUAAGACAUGAACAGAAUGCAUCAGUGAUUCGUAUUUCCUGCAACUUUCUGAAGAGGCAACGAGAAUUCCCCCGUCUAUGUGUUGUGCGCGCGUCUACCACUUUGUGUAGCCAUUAGCGAUGAUGCUAAUGAAAAGUCUUCUGGUAACAUUGUCAAUUAAAUGUUAACUACAAAGUAGCCUAUUCUUACCUGGCAUAGGGCUGUAACUUUUUGCCUCUUGAACUCAGGAUCUAUUCAGGAAAUGAAUCAGGGGUGCGAUAUUGCGACCACAACCGUUUGACUUGGCAGUGCGACACACGUUUUUAAUUGGUCGCAAUGGUGUUUUUUUUUUUUUUCCUGCCCUGGUCACGUCAGUUUCACGUUUUGUUAUCAUGAAUUUGCCUAUUCAAACAGUAAUGUGCAAUUGACAAAAAAUAAACCAACUUUCUGAAAAGGCUACAACGGCACAGGAAUGCCCCUGUCUGUGAUAUAGGGCGGCAGGUAGCCUAGCGGUUAAAGCAUUGGCCCAGUAACCGAAAGGUUGUUGGUUCGAAUCCCUUGAGCAAGGCACUUAACCCUAAUUGCUCCUAUAAGUCGCUCUGGAUAAGAGCUUCUGCUAAAUGACUACAUGUAAUGUUAACAGGGCUACUCACUGGCCCAGGGAGGUUUUGGAAACACUCCGGGCCAGUCGAUCAUCCCCGACAGUGGCCCGCUUAGGCCAGUGAAAAUAAUAUUGUAAUAAUGCUAUGGAUUCCCGAAGCUGUUCUUAAGUUGUUUUUUUUAUCAUGCGCGCUGCACAUAAUCUGUCGGGCAGAGAGAGUAUGCAGUUCUCAAACAGCUGGUUGUUGCAUCAGAUCUUUUUUUCAUUUGGGCCAGUAGCUUUGUUUCCACUGGCCCGGUGUGCCACUGCCAAAUUUACCUGAAUGUCAAGCCCUGUGUGUGCGGUGCGCGUAGGCUUAUAUGUCUACCACUUUGUGUAGCUCUUAGCGAUGCUAAUGAUAGCCUAACCGUCUUCAGGUAAUGCAGGCACAUUAUGGGACACGGGCCAGGUCAUUAUCAAUUCUAGUUUUUUUGCUGGUGCCACCAACUCAAAAAAUUAAUAGCACCAGUGCCACCAGUGGAAAAAGUUAGUGUAGAACCCUGAUAUGGUCAUCUCUAUAUACCCGUCGCAAGACCCACUGGUUGAUGCUUAUUUAUAAAACCCUCUUAGGCCUCACUCCCCCCUAUCUGAGAAGCCUACUGCAGCCCUCAUCCUCCACAUACAACACCCGUUCUGCCAGUCACAUUCUGUUAAAGGUCCCCAAAGCACACACAUCCCUGGGUCGCUCCUCUUUUCAGUUCACUGCAGCUAGCGACUGGAACGAGCUGCAAAAAAAACUCAAACUGGACAGUUUUAUCUCCAUCUCUUCAAUCAAAGACUCAAUCAUGGACACUCUUACUGACAGUUGUGGCUGCUUCGCGUGAUGUAUUGCUAUCUCUACCUUCUUGCCUUUGUGCUGUUGUCUGUGCCCAAUAAUGUUUGUACCAGUAUGAAAAAUGUAUGCACUCACUAACUGUAAGUCACUCUGGAUAAGAGCGUCUGCUAAAUGACUCAAAUGUAAAAUGUACCAUGUUGUGCUGCUUCCAUGUUGCUACCAUGUUGUUGUCAUGUGGUGUUGCUACCAUGCUGUGUUGUCAUGUGUUGCUGCCAUGCUAUGUUGUUGUCUUAGGUCUCUCUUUAUGUAGUGUUGUGGUGUCUCUCUUGUCGGUAUGUGUGUGUUGUCCUAUAUUUUUAUUUUUAAUCUCAGUCCCCGUCCCCGCAUGAGGCCUUUUGGUAGGCCGUCAUUGUAAAUAAGAAUUUUUUAACUGACUUGCCUAGUUAAAUAAAGGUUAAAUUAAAUAAAUAUUGGUCAUUUUUUACAACCUUGCAAGUGGAACAGUAGUAGUCUAUAAUAUGAUCAUUUGCUGUAGAAUCAGCAUGUGAGGGCUCUGCAAAGCAGGUUCAAAAGCAGGUUGCCAUUAUCUCUUACUUGUUUAGCGAGGCGGACUCCACUGGAGACAGAGAGAGAUUUCAGAGUGCUUUUUCAAGCAUUCCUGAGAGAUUCCGGCAGAGUGAAUGGAGCGGGCUGUGACUGGCUGCUGUCCUAGCCUUGCUCUAUGGUCUGAGCUGGAGAGGAGAGGGGGCAGGUCUCAACAUGAGCAGACACAGGCCCAUAGAGUAGUAAAGUUAACGUUUACACAUUCACUCAGGGCCUACUGUAUUAUAUCAGUUAUUAGUGGUUAAUUCUGUAGAAAUAUUCAAGCACACAAGGUGAGAGACCUGUGUCAGAUGAGAACUUUGAGUACAGUUGCUCAAUAGUGUGUGUUUAUGAGGAGUCUAAGUGUCUGUUAAAGCACUCUGAGGAGGAAUGUCCUGUGUAGUUGCUGCAGCACAGCUCGGUGAAUAAUGGCAUUUCUGAGGAGGGCGUGGACAUAGGCCUACAAAAUGGUUGAUUCCACUUGGGCAGUUAAAGGGAAAGCCUUGCCCUACAUGUUAGAGCUAGAUAAAGUGAGUGACUAUACAUGACAUGAUAGAGGUUUGGCCUGUGAAAGUUACUUUGGAAGUUCAAUAUGAUGGCAUCAGGUCUUUAGGCUAUAUCAGUUCAUGAUUGUAGGUAUUGUGUUCAAUUUUUACCAUUCAAUAAGUGCCCUAAAGUUUAUAUUCCCAAAUGAAACUAUGGAAGUAUUGAACAUCUCAAGAGAAUAUCUUCAUUUACACACAGUCACAUGGAAUCACCCGAACUGAUCUCCAUACGGUAGGCCUAGCUCUCGUGCCCACAGCCUCAUAUUCUCAUUGAGCCAGCUAAGUGAAGACUCCACUGAAACUGCAGCCUCAAUAACAUUAUCUAAAAGCAGCCCGGGAGGAGUUGGCUAGCUAGCUAGCUCACCGCAUACAUAAAAUCAACAGACAUCAUCAUAUGAUUGGGGAAUUUCAUUAUGUGAUUGAUACUACAUUCACAUUUUAGUCAAUUAAGCUACAAUAAGUGCAUUUUACUAAAUUUUAAGACAAACACAGAUCACAAUCAUUGCUAGAAAAGCCUUCUUCGAAACAGCCACUAUCAGCAAGAUCAGUGUAACCUACAUGCAAGUGAUCCUUUUUUAAUGUAGACUAAAUUAAUCAUUGUCCUCUCCACUGUGUGUGGUGUCUCUGGUGGCAGGAGGUGAAGAAGGAGCCCAAGGAGGUGAACGUGACCAAAGAGGAGGCCAAGGAGGAGGCGCAGCCCCAGCGGAGAGAGAAGAGUGCGGGGAACGUGGCCAACCUGGUCCAGAGGAUGAGCACCUAUGGCAUUCCAGCUGGGGGCUUCCAGCCACACUCAAUGCCCCGCGGACUCAAGAAGAGUAAGUCAGGUGUGUGUGUGUGUUUGUCUGCAUGUUUGUGUUAACAAUUGGCUGUGCUUUCAUGUUUAGGAACACAUGUGGAUGUCUCUACUCAAGCACUACCUAAAACACUUGGAGGAAUGCCCAGGGGUCUUCCCCAUUCAUUUCUGUGGACUUAAAGAGAUACUUCUGGAUUUAAUCAGUGAAGCCCUUUAUCUUAUUCCCUAGAGUCGGAUUACCUCGCGGAUACAUUUUUGUCUCUGCGUGCAGUUUGAAGGAAGCUGCUAACUAGCGUUAGCGCAAUUGCUAACUAGCGUUAGCGCAUUAAUUGGAAGUCUAUGGGAACGGCUAGCAUGCUUAUUCCUGGACUAAAAAGCACUUUCAAUGAAGAUUCUCUCAUUGGGCCCUUGUAGCAGGACUUUAAGAUAUUGAAGUAUCUUAGUUAUUCCUUUUUCCUUUACUACCCGCAACAAGCAAGAGAAGGUAUCAAUAUUGUAAACCAACAAAGUUUAAAAGUGAAAGUUAUGUUCCUCUCUUGAGUAUCGCUACUUUAAUAUAACUCCCAGAAUAAACUGCUUUCAUUUCAUGUUUUCCAUCUCACUGUGGGAGGAAAUAAAUCAGUUCUCUCUCCUCUGAAAUGUGUCAGAUGUAUUAAAAGGAUUGUAGGUGGGUACUGGAUAUAGCCUAUUUAUUUUUAUUUUAUUUAACCUUUAUUUAACCAGGUAAGCCAGUUGAGAACAAGUUCUCAUUUACAACUGUGACCUUGCCAAGAUAAAGCAAAGCAGUGCGAUAAAAACAACAACAGAGUUACAUAUGGGGUGAACAAAACAUAAAGUCAAAAAUACAACAGAAAAUAUAUAUACAGUGCGUGCGAAUGUAGUAAAUUAUGGAGGUAAGGCAAUAGAUAGGCCAUAGUGCAAAAUAGUUACAAUUUCGUAUUAACACUGGAAUGAUAGAUGUGCAAAAGAUGACGUGCAAAUAGAGAUACUGGGGUGCAAAUGAGCAAAAAUAAAUAACAAUAUGGGGAUGAAGUAGUUGGGUGGGCUAAUUACAGAUGGGCUGUGUACAGGUGCAGUGAUCGGUAAGCUGCUCUGACAACUGACGCCUAAAGUUAGUGAGGGAGAUAAGUGUCUCCAGCUUCAGAGAUUUUUGCAGUUCGUUCCAGUCAUUGGCAGCAGAGAACUGGAAGGAAUGGCGGCCAAAGGAGGUGUUGGCUUUGGGGAUGACCAGUGAGAUAUACCUGCUGGAGCGCAGACUACGGGUGGGUGUUGCUAUGGUGACCAGUGAGCUAAGAUAAGACAGGGAUUUGCCUAGCAGUGAUUUAUAGAUGACCUGGAGCCAGUGGGUUUGGCGACGAAUUUGUAGUGAGGGCCAGCCAACGAGAGCGUACAGGUCACAGAGGUGGGUAGUAUAUGGGGCUUUGGUGACAAAACAUAGGAUAAAGUAAUCCUUCUACCCCCCCCCCCUAAAAAAAAUAAAAAAUAAAAAAAUAAAUUGUAAAGUGGUUAUCCCACUGGCUAUAGGGUGAAUGCACCAAUUUGUAAGUCGCUCUGGAUAAGAGCGUCUGCUAAAUGCCGUAAAUGUAAUGUAAAUGUAAAACGGAUGGCACUGUGAUAGACUACAUCCAAUUUGCUGAGUAGAGUGUUGGAGGCUAUUUUGUAAAUGACAUCGCCGAAGUCAAGGAUCGGUAGGAUAGUCAGUUUUACGAGGGCAUGUUUGGCAGCAUGAGUGAAGGAGGCUUUGUUGCGAAAUAGGAAGCCGAUUCUAGAUAUAACUUUUGAUUGGAGAUGCUUAAUGUGAGCCUGGAAGGAGAGUUGACAGUCUAACCAGACACCUAGGUAUUUGUAGUUGUCCACAUACUCUAGGUCAGACCCGCCGAGAGUAGUGAAUCUAGUCGGGUGGGCGGGUGCAAGCAGCGUUCGGUUGAAGAGCAUGCAUUUCGUUUUACUAGUGUUUAAGAGCAGUUGGAGGCUACGGAAGGAGUGUUUUAUGGCAUUGAAGCUCGUUUGGAGGUUUGUUAACACCGUGUCCAAUGAAGGGCCAGAUGUAUACAAAAUGGUGUCGUUCGCAUAGAGGUGGAUCCGAGCGUCAGCAGCAGCAAGAGCAACAUCAUUGAUAUACACAGAGAAUAGAGUCGGCCCGAGAAUUGAACCCUGUGGCACCCCCAUAGAGACUGCCAGAGGUCCAGACAACAGGCCCUCCGAUUGACACAUUGAACUCUAUCUGAGAAGUAGUUGGUGAACCAGGCGAGGCAGUCAUUUGAGAAACCAAGGCUAUUUAGUCUGCCAAUAAGAAUGCGGUGGUUGACAGAGUCGAAAGCCUUGGCCAGGUCGAUGAAGACGGCUGCGCAGUACUGUCUUUUAUCGAUCGCGGUUAUAAUAUUGUUUAGGACCUUGAGCGUGGCUGAGGUGCACCCGUGACCAACUCGGAAACCGGAUUGCAUAGCGGAGAAGGUACGGUGGGAUUCGAAAUGGUCAGUGAUCUGUUUGUUAACUUGGCUUUCAAAAACUUUCGAAAGGCAGGGCAGGAUGGAUAUAGGUCUGUAACAGUUUGGAUCUAGAGUGUCACCCCCUUUGGAGAGGGGGUUGACCGCGGCAGCUUUCCAAUCUCUGGGGAUCUCAGACGUUACGAAAGAGAGGUUGAACAGGCUAGUAAUAGGGGUUGCGACAAUUUCGGCAGCAAAUUUGAGAAAGAAAGGGUCCAGAUUGUCUAGCCCAGCUGAUUUGUAGGGGUCCAGAUUCUUCAGCUCUUUCAGAACAUCAGCUGUCUGAAUUUGUGUAAAGGAGAAGCGUGGGGGGCAUGGGUAAGUUGCAGCGGAGGGUGCAGAGCUGGUGGCCGGGGUAGUGGUAGCCAGGUGGAAAGCAUGGCCAGCCGUAGAAAAAUGCUUGUUGAAAUUCUCGAUUAUUGUAGAUUUAUCGGUGGUGACAGUGUUUCCUAGCCUCAGUGCAGUGGGCAGUUGGGAGGAGGUGCUCUUAUUCUCCAGGGACUUUACAGUGUCCCAAAACUUUUUGGAGUUAGUGCUACAGGAUGCAAAUUUCUGUUUGAAAAAGCUAGCCUUUGCUUUCCUAACUGAUUGUGUAUAUUGGUUCCUGACUUCCCUGAAAAGUUGCAUAUCGCGGGGGCUGUUCGAUGCUAAUGCAGUACGCCACAGAAUGUUUUUGUGCUGGUCAAAUCUGAGGAGAACCAGGGGUCUAUUUUUUUCAAAUUUCAAAGCUUUCAAUACAUUCUCUAUGGGUGUCUGUGGGCUUGCACUUACGCGCUUUCGUCAUACGUGACGUAACCAUGAACGUAGCUAAGAAAAUGGCGGCUAGCAGCGUCUCUGUUGCGACCUGCACUGUGGCGUUAUUUUAUGUUUUUAAUUUGUAGACUUAGUUUACAAACAUUCUGCCAACCAUGGAUUUCCAGUGGUUGGUUUUGGACUGAUCUUGUUGAUCGUGUACAUACCCGCUAUGAACGGACUAAAUAAUGAAAACGCUGCUGGCAGCUGAAUCCCAAUACAGCUGGGAGACUUGGCUGGAUGACAGAGUCCCGGACAGAGAAGUGGAGCCGGCCACCUUCACCCUGGUCAGAGCGGACCGCGAUCCUGGUAAGAGAGCGACUCUGUACCCCGACAUUGAACUGCUUUCUGUGUCACUGCGACCUUACUAUCUGCCCCGUGAGAUCCCCCAAUUGUUUGUUACCGUUGUGUACUGUUGAUAAUCACAAGUUUACUGGAGAACUGAGACCAAGUAGAGACUUUGGACAGGGUGGAUAAUGGUAUAAUAAAGGCAGUUUAUUCAGAGGUAAAGAUAUCUGGAAUCGCGUGCACGGACUCGUUCGUCAAACUCUUAGGGAGAAGAGAGCCCCGAAAACAUUGUGUGCAGACAUUUUAUACAAUAAAUGAUGUAGGUUGAAUCUAGUAGUUCUGAUCUUCUGAUUGGUCCUGAUGAGUUGGGCGAGGUCCACUCCACUGUUGCAUUGGCUCUGAGUCGGGUUCUCUGUCUUCAAAUGUUCAGCCUAAAGAGAGGGGAUUUUUGUGUGUGUGUGUGUGUGUGUGUUUAACAGUGAUGAUGUGUGUGUGUGUGUUAUCAGUGAUGAUGUGUGUGUGUGUGUGUGUGUGUCCUCAGAGCAAGAACUCGUGAGUUGGAAGAACUGAGAGACCUAUGGCGUGGGUGUUGUAAUAAUAAUAAUAUGCCAUUUAGCAGACGCUUUUAUCCAAAGCGACUUACAGUCAUGCGUGCAUACAUUUUUUUUUUUGUGUAUGGGUGGUCCCGGGGAUCGAACCCACUACCUUGGCGUUACAAGCGCUGUGCUCUACCAGCUGAGCUACAGAGGACCAGUUGUCCUUGGCCACCUGCUGACAAGGCUGACAAGAUAGGACUCUUUUGUCCAUUGUUAUAGGAUAGGAACAGCAUUGAUUGAAAACAAACGCCCAACACAAAAUGGGUCAUGCACAAGAUUUUAGUCAGACCAAGCUAUAACAUUAUAUAUUUACUACGACAGUACAUUCAACCAAAAGCUAACAUAACAAAGGCAUCAGAGAUUAUUUAUAAUCUGUCACAGAAACUGGAAUCCAUCUCCCCAGAUCAGUCAAUAAAUGCUUCUGGUAUUGACUUAUAUGCUGCCCCUGUCUUCAUGUUGUUGCUGGACAUAUCUUUUUUUAAAUGUGUGUAGGUCACCUAAAUCAUCAGAAAAAUUGCCCCUCCUGAGAAGCUAUAUCCGUUCUUAGUUCUGAAUUUUUUGAAUGGUGCAUGCUUAUUUAAGAUUGAGUGGAAAACACUUUUAAAGAACAACCAGGCAUCCUCUACUGACGGAAUGAGGUCAAUAUCCAUCCAGGAUACCCGGGCCAGGUCAAUUAGCUUGCUGAAGUGUUUUAGGGAGCGUUUGACAGUGAUGAGGGGUGGUCGUUUGACCGCGGACCCAUUACGGACGCAGGCAAUAAGGCAGUGAUCGCUGAGAUCCAGGUUGAAGACAACGGAGGUGUAUUUAGAGGGUAAAUUUGUCAGGAUAAUAUCUAUGAGGGUGCCCAUGUUUACAGAUUUUGGGUUGUACCUGGUAGGUUCGUUGAUAAUUUGUGUGAGAUUGAGGGCAUCUACUUUAGAUUGUAGGUUGGCCGGGGUGUUAAGCAUAUCCUAAUUUAGGUCACCAAGCAGGACGAACUCUGAGGAUAGAUGGGGGGCAAUCAGUUCACAUAUGGUGUCCAGGGCACAGCUCGGGGCUGAGGGGGGGCUGUAGCAACCGGCAACAGUGAGAGACUUAUUUCUUGAAAGGUGGAUUUUUAGAAGUAGCUCAAACUGUUUGGGCACAGACCUGGAUAGGAUGAUAGAGCUCUGCAGGCUAUCUCUACAGUAGAUUGCAACCCCACCCCCUUUGGCAGUUCUAUCAAGACGGAAAAUGUUGUAGUUGGGGAUGGACAUUUCUGAAUUUUUGGUGGCCUUCCUAAGCCAGGAUUCAGACACUGCUAGAACAUCAGGGUUGGCGGAGUGUGCUAACGCAGUGAAUAACUCAAACUUAGGGAGGAGGCUUCGGAUGUUAACAUGCAAGAAACCAAGGCUUUUGCGGUUACAGAAGUCAACAAAUGAUAACGCCUGGGGAGUAGGAGUCAUACUGUGGGCUAUAGGGCCUGGGUUAACCUCUACAUCACCAGAGGAACAGAGGAGGAGUAGAAUAAGGAUAUGGCUAAAGGCUUUAAGAACUGGUCUUCUAGUGCGUUGGGUACAGAGAAAAAAGGGGCAGGUUUCCGGGCAUUGUAGAAUAGAUUCAGGGCAUUAUGUACAGACAAGGAUAUGGAAGGAUAUGAGUACAGUGGAGGUAAACCUAAGCGUUGUGUAACGAUGAAAGAGAGAGCAUCACUGGAGGCACCGAUUGAGUCAGUCUCCGCGUGUAUGGGGAGUGGUACAAAGGAGCUGUCUAAGGCAGGUUGAGCUGGGCUGGGGGCUCUACAGUGAAAUAGUACAAUAAGGAAUAACCGAAACAGCAAUAAGCAAGGCAUAUUGACAUGGGAGAGAGGCAUAAAGCAAUCACAGGUGUUAUUCGAGAGAGCUAAGACAACAGCUGGUAAUGGCGACAAAGUUUGGGCUGAGGCUAAACAUAAACAGGAUGCGGUACCGUAUAAAGGAACAGUCCAGCAGGCAUCAGCUGUAUAGCUGAGUUAUCAUAAGGUCCGGUGAACAGCAAUAGGAGGUAGUUUGGGGGCUGCUACAGCACUGGCGAGCAAGAGGCCCGGCUUGCGUGAUUAGCCAACGACAACAGCCAUUUGGUUGCAGCUAGCUGGUUGCGAUAAUCUGGCGCUAGGGUCCAGUGAUUCCGGCAGGAAAUCCGAUAUGCUCUGGGUCGAUAGCACGCUGUGCAGACUGGCCGACAAAUUAUCCAGGCUAGAGCUAGAGCUGGCUGGUGGGUAGUGCAGGCCACGGACAAUGGUGAAGACGCUAACGGUGGCUAAUAGCAAGUAGCCAUUCGGUUGCAGCUAGACUAGUUUCAGCUUAACGUUCUUGAUAAAAGUUAUAAAGAAAUACUAGAAUCCUUUCCACUUUGGGUGAGGCGGGUUGCAGGAAGGUAUAUUUAGUUAAAGAAUGAAAAGUAAAAAUUGAGAAAUAUACAAAAUAGACAAAAAAAUAAAUAAAUGGCUAAUUACACAUGGACACAGAAAAAAACACGUCCGCACUGCUACGCCAUCUUGGGUUAUAUUAUAUAUCACCUGCUACUGUAUUUGCUAGUCAUGGAGGCUCUUCUUCCACCUUGAGUCUUUGUAUAGCCUACACACCCAUUAUCUUGUGACAUUUGUGAAUAGAACUUGAUUUAAUUGAAGUGUCAACAGCAGGGUUGCGUGAAGGUCAAGUAGUCCCUAUUGAAAUGUAGCAUUAAAGUGGAGAUGAUAAUGGUCUGUUUGUCUCUGCAGAGGCGUGUGUGAUGGUAUUAACAACAGCACUUGGUCCGACAGUGAUGUGCACUGACUGUAGUGGAGCUCUUGACACCUGUUGUUAAAAGUUAUCAGAGUACAGGAUAUUGGAAUGAACAAGAUCAUUCCAGAGCCUGAAAUUAGGACUCGACCACUAGUCAAAUGCUGGUAAAAAUGUCUGAGGGGAGGGUGAAUUUUAUCAUGUGGUCCUCUGUAGCUCAGCUGGUAGAGCACGGCGCUUGUAACGCCAAGGUAGUGGGUUCGAUCCCCGGGACCACCCAUACACAAAAAAAAUGUAUGCACGCAUGACUGUAAGUCGCUUUGGAUAAAAGCUUCUGCUAAAUGGCAUAUUAUUAUUAUUAUUAUUAUUAUCAUCGGCUGGUGGUUGACCAAAAAGUUAGUUUUAGGCCCUAUACACAUGGUUCCUAGUGUUAGUUCAGUUCUAGUGAGCAGCCAUUGAGUCCCCUCUGUGAGGUGACUUCUUGCAGUGUAGUUUACUCUGGCUACGUCGCAAUUAUCUCUCCUUCUUCCCAAAAUGUGCACUUGUUCACUUCCCUUCACUGAUUUGAAAGGAGCUGACUGGUAUAUGAAAUAUGAUGGAUACUCCCACUAGACCAUGCUUCCACCAAUCCAAUGCUAGAUUUGUGGGAAGUGGUGAACGAGUGUACAAUUCAGGAGAAAGGAUAUAUUAUUGGGACACAUCCCCUGUGUGCAGCUGUGCUUGUUCAGAGAGCUUAGAACUGCCACCUUGCCGAAACGUCGCAUAGUGCCCCUAGCAGGAGGGGAGUGUUCUCCUCCACUUUCUAGAUCCAGACACCCUUCCCACACUGCCCUGUAGGGCUGGGAAUUGCCAGGGAUCUCGCGAUACGAUAUCACAAUACUUACAUUUACAUUUACAUUUUUAGUCAUUUAGCAGACACUCUUAUCCAGAGCGACUUACAGUUAGCGCAUACAUUAUUUUAUCGAACCCACAACCCUGGCGUUGCAAACGCCAUGCUCUACCAACUGAGCUACAUCCCCUGCCGGCCAUUCCCUCCCCUACCCUGGACGACGCUGGGCCAAUUGUGCGACUUAGGUGCCGAUUCUAUAUCACUAAGCUAAGGACCCUGGGACUAAAUACUUCCCUUUGUAACUGGAUCCUGGACUUCCUGACUAGUCGCCCCCAGGUGGUAAGGGUAGGUAACAACGCAUUCUUUUUUUUUUACUGCAUUGUUGGUUAAGGGCUUGUAAGUAAGCAUUUCACUGUAAGGUCUACACCUGUUGUAUUCGGUGCAUGUGGCAAAUACGAUUUGAUUUGAUUUGAAAUAUGUAUUGCAAUUCAAUACUGUGAUUUUAUUGCAAUUCCAUGGUCCAAAAAUAUUGCUCAACAUAUGUCUGCUGCAGAGGGAUAAGAGAGCCAUGAGAAAACAAACAAGUUUUGAUCAGUCAUGGAAAUAAAAGUGCUGAAAACGAAUUGGCUCCCCAUUUCAAAAGAAGAUGGAGAACAAGCUAUGAAGGAAAAUACUGGAGUUUUUGUGCAGGUACAGCCAACUAUCACAAAAAUAAUAUUGCGAUAUUUUCAAAACUAUACGAUAUGUUGUCAAAAAUAAUAUCCCGAUAUGUUACUUUAUAGAUGUUUUCCCACAUCACUACUGCCCUCAGGCACGCCAGGGUACACACACAAACACACUUGUGUCCAGGAAGUUGAAGCCAUUAGGUAUCAGUGAGCAGACUGGUGUAACUGGUGUUCCCAGCCUUCUCAGGCUCCUGUCUUUUGUGGUUGCAGAGCCUAAGAAACGGCAGUGCAGGGCUCUGUUUGAGUAUGUGCCCCAGAACGAGGAUGAGCUGGAGCUGAAGAUAGGGGAUAUCAUUGACAUCAAUGAGGAGGUAAGGCUUCGUUAUGCUGCGCUGCAAUGAGCUAUUUACGCUGCUCGUAAUGACUUUCCUGCAUUGGCUUUCCUUACCUGUGCUUUAUUGAAUGUCUCCUUGUUAGACUCAUUGUUCUGUUGAGAGUUGAUUUGUAGUCUGUUGAAGUAGUAUUUUUUUUAAUGCAUUUUUUUAAAUUAGUUUUUUAAGAGGUUAAGUUUUGCAUGGGAGAAAAAAAUAGAAUUGCCAUGAUCUCUCUAACUUUCUGAUAACUUAAUACUGUUUACAUAUUACCAUAUUUACUUUGGAUGCAAAUUGUGACAGCUAAUAGUACCUUAUAUUAUAUUAUCAUAAGGUGAUUACAGAUAAGGUGAUUAUGAGGCAUUUAUUCUAAGGUGAUUAGAUGUUUACAUCAGAAAUUCAGAGGCUUCUGGUUGGUUGUUCCAGGUAGAGGAAGGCUGGUGGAGUGGAACCAUGAACGGCAAAUCAGGACUGUUCCCCUCUAACUUCGUCAAAGAGAUCGAGACAAACGCAGAUGGACAGACGAACGACUUAACAGAUGAAAGAGGUAAUUAUGGCGCCAGCAGAGCUUCACAAAUAAAGGCGUGAAUCAUGUUCAAGCAGAGCAUGUCAUAACAAGUUAGAGCUGCUUAAGAAUGUAGGUUCUUGGCUGAAUCUCCGGGAUUUUGUGUUUCAAUUAUUGUGUCUACAUGAGAGACGUCUAUAGCCUACCUGUUGUGACGAGUACAUACAGUGCAUUCAGAAAGUAUUCAGACCCCUUGACUUUUUCCAAAUGUUGUUACGUUACAGCCUUUUUCUAAAAUGGAUUCAAUUGUUUUUUCCCCUCAUCCAUGUACACAAUAACCCAUAAUGACGAAGCAAAAACAGGUUUUUAGACAUUUUUACAAAUUUAUAUUUAAAAACAAAUGCUGAAAUAUUACAUUUAUAUAAGUAUUCAGACCCUUUACUCAAUACUUUGUUGAAGCACUUUUUGCAGCGAUUACAGCCUUGAGUCUUCUUGGGUAUGACGCUACAAGCUUGGCACCCCUGUAUUUGGGGAGUUUCUCCCAUUCUUCUCUGCAGAUCCUCUCAAGCUCUGUCAGGUUGGAUGGGGAGCAUUGCAGCACAGCUAUUUUCAGGUCUCUGCAGAGAUAUUAGAUCGGGUUCAAGUCCGGCCACUCAAGGACAUUCAGAGACUUGUCCCGAAGCCACUCCUGAGUUUAGGCUGUGUGCUUAGGGUUGUUGUCCUGUUGGAAGGUGAACCUUUGCCCCAGUCUGAGGUCCUGAGCGCUCUGGAGCAGGUUUUCAUCAAGGAUCUCUCUGUACUUUGCUCUGUUCAUAUUUGCCUCGAUCCUGAAUAGUCUCACAGUCCCUGCCGCUGAAAAACAUCCCCACAGCAUGAUGCUGCCACCACCAUGCUUCACCGUAGGGAUGGUGCCAGGUUUCCUCCAGAAGUGAUGCUUGGCAUUCAGGCGUUCAGAGUUCAAUCUUGGUUUCAUCAGACCAGGGAAUGUUGUUUCUCAUGAUCUGAGUGUCCUUUAUGUGUCUUUUGGCAAACUCCAAGUGGGCUGUCAUGUGCCUUUUUACUGAGGAGUGGCUUCCGUCUGGCCACUCUACCAUAAAGACCUGAUUAGUGGAGUGCCGCAGAGAUGGUUAUCCUUCUGGAAGGUUCUCCCAUCUCCACAGAGGAACUCUGGAGCUCUGUCAGAGUGACCAUCGGGUUCUUGGUCACAUCCCUGACCAAGGCCCUUCUCCCCCGAUUGCUCAGUUUGGCCUGGGUGGCCAGCUCUAGGAAGAGCCUUGGUGGUUCCAAACUUCUUCCAUUUAAGAAUGAUGGAGGCAUCUGUGUUCUUGGACCUUCAAUGCUGCAGAAAUGUGUUGAUACCCUUCCCCAGAUCUGUGCCUCGGCACAAUCCUGUCUCUGAGCUCUACGGACAAUUCCUUUGACCUCAUGGCUUGGUAUUUGCUCUGACAUGCACUGUCAACUGUGGGAUCUUAUAUAGACCGGUGGGUGCCUUUCCAAAUCAUGUCCAAUCAAUUGAAUUUACCACAGGUGGACUCCAAUCAAGUUGUACAAACAUCUCAAGGAUGAUCAAUGGAAACAGGAUGCACCUGAGCUCAAUUUCGAGUCUCAUAGCAAAAGGGUCUGAAUACUUAUGUAAAUAAGGUAUUUCAGUUUUUUAUUUUGUAUAAAUUUGCACACAUGUCUAAACCUGUUUUCACUUUGUCAUUAUGAGGUAUUGUGUGUAGAUUGAUGAGGGAAAAAUACAAUUUAAUCAAUUUUAGAAUAAGGCUGUAAGGAACAAAAUGUGGAAAAAGUCAAGGGGUCUGAAUACUUUCCGAAAGGACUGUAUGUACAGACUAUAGUGUGUGUGUGUUAGUGAUACGCAGGUUGACUCCUAAUCUGCAGUUAUAUCCGCGGGUUGAAUAAAGAGAAAACAAUACCUUAAAUCCAUAAAUGUAUUGUUCUUGUGCAAUUUAUAUCUAUAGGCUACAUUGAGGUUUUUCUUUCAUUAUUUUAGGCUAUCUGGUAUUAGUCCAUAAGCCUAAGCGUCAGGGUUUAACUGUACGAGCCAAAUAGCCUAUACAGCCAAUCGCCAAAUAAUGCUUUUGGGAACGGGCAGAAAAAGUUGUUGAAGUUUAAUUCAAUAAGACAAAAGCCUCUAAAGAUGAGUUUAAGAUUAAGAGAUGGGAGGGCAAGAAUAUUAGGUGAAGUGGUAAAAGAGGAUGAUCGCAGUGCCAGCUAUGUUAUGUGUGAUGAUUGUGAGUCGCAAUGCAAAUUCGACAGUCACAAGACGGAACUUCAAAUAGGCUUAUGGCAUGUCAAGGGAACUGUAGCCUACUGUUUAGUUGUGUCAUGGAAACUGAAAUCUGGACACUGACUGUAGGUCUAUAACCUCUCACAUAGCCUUAAUAUUAACAAAAUUUGGACAUGGGAACUGGAGUGGAGAAAUAUGAUUUAUUUAUUUCUGCAUCUUGAGAGAAUGCAAUGCUCAGUUAGAUACCAUCUGUAGAGGUGUUGUCUUCAUAAAAGCUGAUUAGUAUUUCAACCACAUAAAAUAUGCAUCAAAGCCAAACUUAAAUCUUAGCAGAAACACGUUGGGUAAUUUUCACAAUUGUCUUUUUUCUUAAAAACCGUCAAACUGAUGUCAUUUGGACAUUUUGCACAGAAAAUCUCGUUGUUUUUUUUUCUUCGUUAUUGUAUUUUCUCCCCAGUCCCUAAACAACUUUGCUCCACGAAAGAUGACAGAGAACUUUACUGACGUCAACUAGAUUGAAGCAUUAAUUCUAUCGAUCUAUUACAUCAUUCUAUUGAGCAAGGGUUUAUUGAGUCUUCUAGAGCAACAUAUAAUGACAGAAGAGAAGCUACAUGUAUCUAAUUAUAGACAAGUUGACUACCAAAAUGUCAGAAAUUAUAAGCAGAAACGUAUCUAAAUCAGGCGGGAAAAUAUCCUGCACCGCCUGUCAAAUUUUUUUUCUGCCGUCAUUUUCUAUAUUUGCGGUUUAGGGUUGGGUGCGGGGGGGGGGGACUACAAAGCAAGUAGUCUGGGUAGCCAUUUGAUUAGCUGUUCAGGAGUCCUAUGGCUUGGGGGUAGAAGCUGUUAAGAAGCCUUUUGAUCCUAGACUUGGCGCUCCGGUAAUGCUUGCCGUGUGGUAGCAGAGAGAACAGUCUAUGACUAGGGUGGCUGUAGUCUCUGGACAUUUUUAGCUAGUGUGGGUAUUCUUCUCAUGCACAAAUGUCUACAUGUUUCUGUCCGUUUUGUUUUGUUCCAUUCGCCUCAUGCAUUUUGUCCUUCCCACAGAUGGCAACGGUAAAGAAGCUCUGCUCCCCCCCUCCCCCACCCACCCCUCUCCAGGCAAUGGAGUGAUCACCCAGCCAAAGAAGAUUCGGGGGGUGGGCUUUGGGGACAUUUUCAGGGAAGGCUCAGUCAAGCUAAAGGUCCGCCUGCCCAGCACAGAUGGAGAGGAGAAGAAAGACAAAGUAAGUGAGCUGAGCUGGGACUGAGAGAUGUCUGAGAACUCACUCACAAGGUGUCAUGCACCUCAACAGGUCCCAAUAAGGCUCAAAUACGUACUUCCCCUUAAAAUAGACUGAAGUCCUCUGAGAACCAAUUCACAAUUGGAGAGGAAGACGGGCAUGCUUUUUAAGUGUCCAAAGUUCCAACUGUCUGUUACAUAACAGUAUAACAAUAGUAAGAAUGUUUAUGGUCAGAAUGUGUCAUAUCACUAAAGUCAGACAUUUCCAACUGGAAUGCAUUGGGACCAAUGCUGAAAGAGUGUGGUUUUACAUAGGAUAUUAUUGGUUUAUGAGCUUGUUUUACAUUAACUAACAUUCUGAGUUCAGCCUAAAGCUGGGUGACGUGGACAAAAAUACAUUUCAUGAUAAACUGACUGAAUUAUCACAAUUACGAUAAAUUGAACGAUAAGUUUAUAUCAUUGUGCACCAGUAUAUAUUUUUUAUAUUACUCUUGAAUGUUGUAGUUAUCAAUUGUCCCAUUAACUAUCACCCAUCUUAGCAAACUUACUUCAUUUCAAACUUCACAUUUCUCUAGUAGCACCCUAUAAGUUAUUUAUUGUAAUGAACGAUAUCAGCAAAAUGUCCACGAUAAGUGGUCGGUGUCGAUAUGGUUUAACGUCCCAGCUGGUUUAUCAAUAUGGUUUAUCCUUUACGAGGACCACCAGUCAGUAUUAUUUAGUUUUGUGGUUAGUGUUUGUUUAAGUCCUGGGAGAGGCGUAGCGUGGGUUGGGUUUCGUUGUCAACCCUUCCUCCUCCUCAGCUGAUAGCCUUUAUUUUGGUCGCAAAUUGUUUGGAUGGCAGGCAAGCAGUUUCCCUGCUCCCUCUAACUGACCUAGUUUCCUGGCGUCAUUUCUGAGGGUGAUAUUUCAGUGUUUCUGAGGGUGAUAUUUCAGUGUUUCUGGGGGCGAUAUUUCAGUGUUUCUGGGGGCGAUAUUUCAGUGUUUCUGAGGGCGAUAUUUCAGUGUUUCUGAGGGUGAUAUUUCAGUGUUUCUGAGGGUGAUAUUUCAGUGUUUCUGAGGGUGAUAUUUCAGUGUUUCUGAGGGUGAUAUUUCAGUGUUUCUGAGGGUGAUAUUUCAGUGUUUCUGGGGGCGAUAUUUCAGUGUUUCUGAGGGCGAUAUUUCAGUGUUUCUGAGGGCGAUAUUUCAGUGUUUCUGAGGGCGAUAUUUCAGUGUUUCUGAGGGCGAUAUUUCAGUGUUUCUGAGGGUGAUAUUUCAGUGUUUCUGAGGGUGAUAUUUCAGUGUUUCUGUGGGUGAUAUUUCAGUGUUUCUGAGGGUGAUAUUUCAGGGUUUCUGAGGGUGAUAUUUCAGUGUUUCUGUGGGUGAUAUUUCAGUGUUUCUGAGGGUGAUAUUUCAGGGUUUCUGUGGGUGAUAUUUCAGUGUUUCUGAGGGUGAUAUUUCAGUGUUUCUGAGGUCGAUAUUUCAGUGUUUCUGAAGGCGAUAUUUCAGUGUUUCUGAGGGCGAUAUUUCAGUGUGUUUCUGAGGUUUUCUUCAGUGUUUCUGAGGGAGACAAACUACAGCAGAAAAUUGGUGACAUCUUAAUUUGCAUGAAUAGUGAUAACUUAAUAAUCACGCAACUAGCACACUGUAGGUUUCAGUUGAUGAUUUCUAGCUUCCAUUUAACCCCCGUAACUCUUCUCUCUCCCCCCUUCUCCCCGUUGUCUCUGUCAUGGCAGCGUUGGUUCAGUCUUUGUCCCACAGCUUACAACAUGGCAUAUUCCAUUACGCUGUCGUUCACACAGUCAAUCCAUCAGUAGCAGCAACUCUGGCACUUUCCACUCCCCACUUUCCACUCUCGCUCUGCUCUUUCUCUCUCAUUUACAUUUACGUCAUUUAGCAGAUGCUCUUAUCCAGAGCGACUUACAGUUAGUGAGUGCAUACAUUGUUGUUAUUAUUAUUAUUUAUUUUUUCAUACUGGCCCCCCGUGGGAAUCAAACCCACAACCCUGGCGUUGCAAACGCCAUGCUCUACCAACUGAGGAGUUGCUCUGCUCUUCCUCUCUCUCUCUCCUCUUUCUCUGUCCUGUCUCUCUCUCCUCUUUCUCUCUCCUGUCUCUCUUUCUCUCUCCUGUCUCUCUCUCCUCUCUCCUGUCUCUCUCUCCUCUCUCUCUCUCCUGUCUCUCUCUCCUCUCUCUUUCUCCUGUCCCUCUCUCUCUUCUCUUUCUCCUGUCUCUGUCUCCUGUCUCUCUCUCCUGUCUCUCUCUCCUGUCUCUCUCUCCUGUCUCUCUCUCCUGUCUCUCUCUCCUGUCCCUUCUCCUGUCUCUUCUCCUGUCUCUCGCUCUCCUGUCUCUCUCCUCUCUCUCUCUCUCCUGUCUCUCUCCGCUCUCUCCUGUCUCUCUCUCCUGUCUCUCUCUCCUGUCUCUCUCUCCUGUCUCUCUCUCCUGUCUCUCUCUCCUGUCUCUCUCUCCUGUCUCUCUUCUGUCUCUCCUCUCGCUCUCCGCUCUCUCCUGUCUCUCUCCUCGCUCUCUCCUGUCUCUCUCUCCUGUCUCCCUCUCCUGUCUCUCUCUCCUCUCGCUCUCUCCUCUCUAUCUCCUGUCUCUCUCCUGUCUCUCUCCUGUCUCUCUCCUCUCUCUCUCCUGUCUCUCUCCUCUCUCUGCUCUUUCUCCUCGUGACUCAACAGCUUGUUACCCACAAUCUAGAGGACAUUCACCUUAGCUGAGAAAAACACAGAAUAUACUUAGGCCUGCCUGGCUCUACCACUUGUCUGUCUGCUCACUCAGUAACUAAGAAAGGCUUGUUGUUCCAUGUCAACACUUUCUCAUCCCAAGCUUUCUGAUGUUGGUCUAUGUUUUAGCCUAACUCUAACCCAUAUGACAUACAGUGGGGAAAAAAAGUAUUUAGUCAGCCACCAAUUGUGCAAGUUCUCCCACUUAAAAAGAUGAGAGAGGCCUGUAAUUUUCAUCAUAGGUACACGUCAACUAUGACAGACAAAUUGAGGAAAAAAAAUCCAGAAAAUCACAUUGUAGGAUUUUUUAUGAAUUUAUUAGCAAAUUAUGGUGGAAAAUAUGUAUUUGGUCACCUACAAACAAGCAAGAUUUCUGGCUCUCACAGACCUGUAACUUCUUCUUUAAGAGGCUCCUCUGUCCUCCACUCGUUACCUGUAUUAAUGGCACCUGUUUGAACUUGUUAUCAGUAUAAAAGACACCUGUCCACAACCUCAAACAGUCACACUCCAAACUCCACUAUGGCCAAGACCAAAGAGCUGUCAAAGGACACCAGAAACAAAAUUGUAGACCUGCACCAGGCUGGGAAGACUGAAUCUGCAAUAGGUAAGCAGCUUGGUUUGAAGAAAUCAACUGUGGGAGCAAUUAUCAGGAAAUGGAAGACAUACAAGACCACUGAUAAUCUCCCUCGAUCUGGGGCUCCACGCAAGAUCUCACCCCGUGGGGUCAAAAUGAUCACAAGAACGGUGAGCAAAAAUCCCAGAACCACACGGGGGGACCUAGUGAAUGACCUGCAGAGAGCUGGGACCAAAGUAACAAAGCCUACCAUCAGUAACACACUACGCCGCCAGGGACUCAAAUCCUGCAGUGCCAGACGUGUCCCCCUGCUUAAGCCAGUACAUGUCCAGGCCUGUCUGAAGUUUGCUAGAGUGCAUUUGGAUGAUCCAGAAGAGGAUUGGGAGAAUGUCAUAUGGUCAAAUGAAACCAAAAUAUAAUUUUUUUGUAAAAACUCAACUCGUCGUGUUUGGAGGACAAAGAAUGCUGAGUUGCAUCCAAAGAACACCAUACCUACUGUGAAGCAUGGGGAUGGAAACAUCAUGCUUUGGGGCUGUUUUUCUGCAAAGGGACCAGGACGACUGAUCCGUGUAAAGGAAAGAAUGAAUGGGGCCAUGUAUCGUGAGAUUUUGAGUGAAAACCUACUUCCAUCAGCAAGGGCAUUGAAGAUGAAACGUGGCUGGGUCUUUCAGCAUGACAAUGAUCCCAAACACACCGCCCGGGCAACGAAGGAGUGGCUUGGUAAGAAGCAUUUCAAGGUCCUGGAGUGGCCUAGCCAGUCUCCAGAUCUCAACCCCAUAGAAAAUCUUUGGAGGGAGUUGAAAGUCUGUGUUGCCCAGCGACAGCCCCAAAACAUCACUGCUCUAGAGGAGAUCUGCAUGGAGGAAUGGGCUAAAAUACCAGCAACAGUGUGUGAAAACCUUGUGAAGACUUACAGAAAACGUUUGACCUGUGUCAUUGCCAACAAAGGGUAUAUAACAAAGUAUUUAGAAACUUUUGUUAUUGACCAUAUACUUAUUUUCCACCAUAAUUUGCAAAUAAAUUCAUAAAAAAUCCUACAAUGUGAUUUUCUGGAUAUUUUUUUCUCAUUUUGUCUGUCAUAGCUGACGUGUACCUAUGAUGAAAAUUACAGGCCUCUCUCAUUUUUUUAAGUGGGAGAACUUGCACAAUUGGUGGCUGACUAAAUACUUUUUUUUCCCCACUGUACUCUGUAGUAGACUGCCAUACUUUUCACAUACACUGACCUGCACGCUGUUGACCAAUCAGUGAGUCCGCUGAUGACCCUGUGCUCUGUGUUCAUUCCGGUCAGGCAUGGCUAGUCUCUCAUUGGUGGAGACCAUCUGGGCAUUGUACUGUGCAUACAAUCAUGUCAGUAAAUCCAUCUGUGGUUUGCUUCAUUUUAGCCAAUCCCAUUAUUACCAUCUACCGCAAAGCCCGCCCAUUCCAACGCGACAGACUCACAGAAAGCAGAGGGGGACAGCAAAGCAAAAGGUAAGGGAGAGGGUAAAGGUCCCAGUGUUUAUGAUUAGAAGUGACUGUUAAAUACAAAAUGGCAUCUAGUGUUGUGUUCUCAGACAGUACAAUAUGUGUGUUUUGUCAUGCCCAUAAAGACCAUUGUCCAACACCUGUUGUCCAACGCUUGAUAAUCAUAGCACAACAUUUAUGGUGUUUUUAUUGUGAUUCUAACAAUUUGUUCUUACAUUGAGGGUAGGUUCAAGGGGGAUAUAUUGUUAUGUUGUUGGGGAAUGUGUAACUACAUUCACACAGUUGCUUCCUAAUUGUUAAACUUUUAAAGCCAAUGGCAGGGUUAGGGUUAGCCAAUUGUAAUGGUAUCACUAGGAACAAACUUACCACAUCUAGGGUUGUUGCGGUGACCGUAUUACCGCCACACCGGCGGUCACGAGUCAUGAAGGCAGUCAAAUUCCACGUGACCAUUUAGUCACGGUAAUUAGGCUUCUCCAAGCUCUGAUGCUGCUGAUGGCCAUUAGUAGCUUGCCAAACGUGCUAACUGACUGGUACUCAGCAUUCUAUUGUCCCUCUAAUCACUCUGACAUCAAUGCAAAUGCCAUCGAAAAUCUAAUCAAACACUUCAUGAGAGCUCAUGUUGCGCAACAUUUCUAUUGUCUAUGCAAUUGCGCGAGAACAGAGUGAUGGCCUCUAUUAAAAAGAGGAGGAUCCCAUCAGCUUUCUAUAGGCUAAGCCUACUAUAUUUAUUUCUCAACUUUCCUAAUAUUAAGCACAUUGCUUAUCUUUACAACAGGAGUAUAGCCUACCUGGCUGGCAUGAAAAUGAACCACGGGAAGAGCGUCUUCCAUUUGCUAUUUAAGAGCAUAGAUGACAGGUUUUUUUCCCCGCUGCCCCUGUUUAGAGACAGGUGCAUAAUAAUGGUCCAUUCUAAAUCAAAGCAAAUUUCACACAUAUAUUAUUUAGUAUAUGUCAAGACAAGAUUAAAUCAAGAAUAGUCUGAUGAGUCACAAUUUUAGCCUAUCAAUUGUGAAUUAUAUAUUAUAACCUGUGAAUGAUGCCCAGCUUGUGUGCAGUAAGACAAGAAACAAUGCCUUUUUUUUGCGACUUUUUCAAAUCAUAGUCGCACACCUCAUGUAGCCUAGCCCAUAGGCCUAUAUGUUUUGAUAAGGUUUGUAUCACAAUUAAAGUGGCCAAAUAACUUCUUAAAAUUAAGAUCAUUAAUCUGCUUUACAAGGGGUGUAGAGCCAAACUGGCAUACAUAAGCAGUGUGUGAGUUUCAAGUUUGGGGAAGAUAAUUUUCACCAUAAAAAUGCACCUUUUUAUAAUAAAAUCAUUACAUGCAUAAUUGCAUAAUUCCAAUAUCUUCAAUAUGCACCUCGGAAUUGGAUAAGGACACGCGCAGUUGCAUCCCCGAUGCGUCUGUCUUCACUUGUAGCCUGUGAGAAAGAUCCGAUGACGUGUGAGCCAUGUGAGUGAGAGGUGCUUCGGAGCGCGCAGCACUCAGGAAGAAGGGCACAACACAGCACUCCUGCCACUGGCCGCAGAAGGCAUGGAUAUUUUUAGGGUGCAUUACGGCCACACAAAGGGGAUGCCGCCGUAAACUUCGAGGCAUUAUCAAGUGCUUGUCAAAUUGUGAAUGAGAGACUGAUGAAGUGUGUACAGCCUGCACAAAAAAAGCUAAGCAGAGCUCAUGCCUUUUGAAGCGACUAUUUUCAAAUCAUCAUUAAUGGCAUCAUGCAGCCUUACAAUGUAUUGAAAAUCAAAACAUAUAGCCCAACGUUUGUAGAACAACUAAAGUUACAUUAAUAACUAAAUUAAGCAUAUAGGAGUACCUAUUUCUUUGUUAACCGCUCAACACAGAAUAGCCGCAUGUGCACACUCCCUCAAAUCGUUUGGAGAAAAUAUCCUUUCUAUUUUAUUCAGCUUUGUUCAAUUGUAUUCUUCACACUAUAAAAUAAUAUAAAAUAGUGCCACGGAAUUCUAAGCAAAUCAUGUUAAAUGAACUAGUGUAGCCCACAGCCGUAUGGCAUAGCCAGAUCAGGACCUAACAUAAGGACAACUCAGAGUAUGCUAUUCUGUUGUUCUGAAAUAGACUACAUUUUCUUCAUCUCAUGCUUCUUUAGACCUGUCUAAAAUAAAUAAUGAAUUUAUUGUGAAAGUGUAGGCUAUAUUACAUGGAUUUAUUAUACUUAUUAAAAUGUAAUGUUCCAAAGGUUUGCAUCAUUGGCUUGUAUGCUAUAUGUGGAAGCCAGGAGAUGCUAUCGUGAGACCGACAGUUAUUUGCUUGACAAUCACCGGCUGCUGAAAUUUCGGGACUGCCACAGCCCUAACCACAUCCAUCACUUGACUCUUAUUGUAUGUGUUAAUUUACUCUGUGUGUUUUGUUGGUCAAUGACUGCGUUUCUCAAGAACGGUGUUGUUCCUCUUCCUCCAGUAAAAGAAUACUGCAAGGCCACCUUUGCUUUUGAAGCCACAAACGAAGACGAGCUGACACUAAAAGAGGGUGACGUCAUACAGAUCUUGAGUAAGGUAAGUAUUGCCACCCUGACCAGCACCAGCUAUAAGCCUGUGGCCCUAACCAAUAUUCAGUGGAAAAGCUUAAAGCUACUACUACUCCUACUACGUUACCAGUCUUCAUUUGCUAGUCAAAAAAGGUUUUAAAAGCAGUCUACAUAACUGUCCCUCUUGUAAGGGAGAGAGGUUACUAGAGGAUGUAUAGGCUUGUUCCCAGCCACGUGUUUACACUAUACACCUGGUCAACAUGGUCCAUCCCGGUCCGUGAUCCUCAGUGUGUUCAUCUCACUCACCCUAGGGAUGGAUUUAAGUAUUUAGUCCUAAUGAUUCGUAUUAGGAUUUAGGUAGACCUGGGUAGUUUACAGUAGGCACAACAACAUUUUGUAACAGGAAAUGGGUGAUCUUCUUAUUGGACCAGUUCAGGUAGUACCUCUUCCAUUUCAAAAUGGCCUCUAAACACGACCCUGAUCACCAACGAGCACCCUGCUGUGUUUUGGAAGCAGCGUGAUGAGAGGAAGCUGUCGUCAUAGCAAGUAAGUGAUCUAUGGCAGUUAGCUUCCCUUGACAUUGGCCAGAGACUUGGGACUUGGGUCCCUGUUGAAUUUCACACCCUGAAGAAAAGCAUUAGUGCCCUGACUGGGAACGUGGCCAAGACGGUGCUAGGCCAUAUGGAGAGGUUGAGUUACCAUUUAAGAGGUUAUGUGGCUCUUGAGUCAUGGUUUGUUAUUUAAGGCAGACACAUUAUGACAGAUCAUGUUUCGCUGUGGAUAAAUCAUGUUUAAGUGCCAUCUAGUGUCCAUUAAGCAGACUUACAUGUGAUGUCUAACAUGAAGUGAGGUUGUGGGCUUUGAAGCUGAUUCAAGCUGAUUAUAUUGAAUCAAAGGCAUAAUUGUUUAUUCAGAGAAUAAUUUGUUUUGAUUACAAAAUGGCCUGAUGCAGACAUUUAUAAAGUUUCUCAGACUCCUGUCCCUCAGGAGUCUCUAGUAUGUUCUUUUAUCUUAGCCUUUUCAUCGUAAUGUUUAAAAAAUGCUUUACCAGUUAAGUUCUUGUUGUUAUGUUUCAGAACACAGGGGAGCCGGGGUGGUGGAGAGGGGAGGUCGGAGGUAAAGAGGGGGUUUUUCCUGACAACUUUGUGGCUGUGAUGUCAGACGCAGACAAAGAGGUAAAAUGAAAGAAAUAGUGAACACCAGAUAACAUACAGUAUGUGUUCCCUAGUGGUCUUGUCCUUUAGUAACCUAUGUUUAAUGAUCAUACAUGUUUCAUUAUAAAAACUUUCAAAACUAAAUCCUUUUAUGUUGCAGCCGGCUCCCACAUCAAGAGGAUCAGUCAAACUGUCUCCCAAGCAGGAACCGGAAGAGGUAGGCUGGGAUUUCUACAUGCUUGUGUUAGAGUACAUGGUCUUG